UGUCUCUACAGAUAUCAUAUUUAGUAUGCCUUUGAAUUUGAAGUAGCGUGUUACAUUGUGUUUCAUAAUGUCGAGUUUACCUCUCAACCCAAAGCCUUUCCUGAAUAGUCUAACUGGAAAACCUGUGGUUGUAAAACUGAAGUGGGGAAUGGAGUACAAGGGUUAUCUUGUAUCUGUGGAUGGUUACAUGAACUUACAGCUGGCAAACACUGAAGAAUACAUUGAUGGUAACUGUACUGGGAAUCUUGGGGAAGUGAUGGUUAGAUGUAACAAUGUCUUGUAUAUCCGUGGGGCAGAAGAAGAGGAAGAGGAUGGAGAAAUGAAAGAAUAACCAUCAUAAUGGACUUUGUAUGUGAACAGUAAUUCUACUGACUUUGUUACCCAUUUUGGGUGUGUAAAAUAGUGUCAUUCAAACAUACUUGUCAUUUCAUUAAAUAAAAUAAAAAUAAUUUGGUUUUUUAUUAAAACUUUCA